UUUUUGGGAAAAAAAAACCCAAGUCUUCUAAUUUUAAGAUAAUAAUUGAAUUUUAAUUUGUAAACGUUGUUGACCGUUAAAUCCCCUUUGUUCCCGCUACUCCACUCUCUUCCAAACACACCAAAAAACUUCAUUCUUUCUCUCUUUCCUCCAUUCCUCUCCAUUCUUCCCCAUUUCCCUCUCUUUCUUCUCUUAUUCCUCUCAUUCUUGAGAAAAUUCAACAAAAAUGGAUAAUGAUGAAGACAAUGAUCCAUCAUCUUCUUCGUUUUUAAAUUCCAAUCCUAAUCUCAAAGCCUAUUCUCUCAAUACCCAAAUCCGCCAUGAAAGUACUUGCACCUCUUAUGAUGAUUCACAAGACGAAAACGAUGUUUCCUAUCCUUACGCUUCAAAUUCCUCUUCUGUAACAAACCCUAGGUACGAUCACUCUGUUUCUCUCCCGGCCGUCAUAUCAUUACCCAAUGAUGAAGAUGAUCAACGACUCGCUAUGCCGGAAUUUACUGCUAAUGGUGGUGUUGGUAUUUUUAGGGCUCCGAUUCGGUCUGCCGUUCACCCAACUCGCCCACCCGCUUUGGAGCUUAGGCCUCAUCCGUUAAGGGAGACACAAGUUGGGAGGUUUUUGAGGACGAUUGGGUGUACGGAUAGUCAUUUGUGGGCGGGUCAAGAAAAUGGUGUUCGGUAUUGGAAAUUUAGGGAUGCGUAUGAAGCUGGGGUCGGAUUUGGCGGGAAAGGGAAACGUGGGGAUGAAGAUACGUCGCCGUUUUAUGAAUCUGCUGUUACUUCGCCUACCAUUUGUAUGGUGGUUGAUAAUGGGAAUAGUUUGAUAUGGACUGGACAUAAAGAUGGUAAGAUUAGGUCUUGGAAAAUGGAUCAGAAUUCGGAUCCAAGUGGUGCUGAUGAUGUGGUACCACCCUUUCGAGAAGGUCUUGCUUGGCAAGCGCAUAAGGGACCUGUUCUUGCUUUGAUCAUAUCAUCUUAUGGUGACCUGUGGUCUGGCGCGGAGGGUGGUGUGAUCAAAGUAUGGGCAUGGGACUCGAUAGAGAAAUCACUGUCUCUAACAGCUGAGGAAAAGUACAUGGCUGCCCUGUUAGUUGAGAGGUCUAAUGUGGACUUGAGAAGUCAGGUAACUGUGAAUGGUGUAUGUAAUAUCUCAUCUUCGGAUAUAAAGGUUAUGCUAUCGGAUAAUUGCAAAGGAAGGGUGUGGUGUGCCACUAGUCUAUCCUUCUCAUUAUGGGAUGCCUGUACCAAGGAACUUAUUAAAGUGUAUAACACUGAGGGAACUGAAAACCGGGUUGAGAUGCCAAUGCGCGAGGAUCAACCAGCAGAUGAUGAGAUUAAGGUAAAAUUUGUUUCCACAUCAAAGAAGGAAAAGCCACAAGGGUUUUUAGGAAAAACACGUAACGCUUUGAUGGGAGCAGCAGAUGCUGUCCGUAGAGUAGCUACAAGGGGUACAGGGGCAUUUAACGAGGAUAUUAAGAAGACAGAGGCACUAGCAUUAACUGCUGAUGGAUCCAUUUGGAGUGGUUGUUCAAAUGGUGUAAUUCUGCAGUGGGAUUCGAAUGGAAAUCGUGUCCAAGAAUUCAAUCAUCAUAAUUCUGCUGUUCUAUGCUUUUGCACCCAAGGUUGUAGGCUAUGGGUGGGAUAUGCUAGUGGUGUGGUACAAUUGCUGGAUCUUGAUGGAAAUCUUUUAGCAGGGUGGGUUGCUCAUAGUAGUCCGGUGAUAAAGAUGGCGAUAGGUGGAGGUUAUGUUUUCAGCACGGCUAUUCAUGGUGGUAUACGUGGAUGGCACCUCACGUCCCCUGGCCCAAUCGAUGCUAUAGUACGUGCUGUAUUGUCUUCUAAAGAGUUGCUAUAUACGAGACGAGAAAGUUUAAAGAUGUUGGUAGGAACAUGGAAUGUUGGUCAAGGGAAACCUAACCCGGAAGCACUCAGAUCAUGGCUAGCUUCUGCAGUGUCUGACGUUGGAAUCAUUGUGGUUGGGUUGCAGGAAGUGGAAAUGGGAGCUGGUUUCCUUGCCAUGUCUGCCGCAAAAGAAACUGUGGGACUAGAAGGUAGUGCCAUCGGGCAAGUUUGGCAGGAUGCUAUAGGUAGGAUCUUAGAUGAAGGAAUUGUAUUUGAACGUGUAGGUUCACGGCAGCUUGCUGGCUUGCUUAUAGCUAUCUGGGUAAGAAAGAAUAUGAGGAUGCAUGCUGGUGACCUUGAUGUUGCUGCAGUUGCUUGUGGUUUUGGCCGAACAAUUGGAAACAAGGGAGCAGUAGGCUUGAGACUGAGAGUCCAUGAUAGAAUAAUUUGUUUUGUGAACUGUCACUUAGCAGCGCAUUUGGAAGCUGUUGCUCGUCGUAAUGCUGAUUUCGAUCACAUCUGGCGAACAAUGGCUUUCUCGCGGCAAUCUCACUUACUCAACGUUGCUGCUGGUAUGCGAUGUCUGCUUUUGUAUUGCUCUCUUGCGUUGUGCAUAUAUUUAUUUUGGCUCCUUUAUGCUUUUGGCUUCCCAUUGCUCCUCUCUCUUGCAGCUGGAGCUUCUUCUGCAUCCCAAGUGCUUCGUGCUGCAAAUGGUGCCGUUGGGAACUCUGAUGAGGGUAGCCAGCCUGAUUUAGCAGAGGCAGACAUGGUUAUCUUUCUUGGAGACUUUAAUUAUCGCCUUUUUGGAAUAUCAUACGAUGAAGCAAGAGAUUUUGUUUCUCAAAGAAGCUUUGAUUGGCUACGAGAAAAGGAUCAGCUUCGAGCAGAAAUGAAAGCCGGGAAAGUUUUCCAAGGGAUGCGCGAGGCCAUGAUCAAAUUUCCUCCGACUUAUAAAUUCGACAGGCAUGUACCAGGCUUAGGAGGCUAUGAUUCGGGAGAAAAGAAACGAAUUCCUGCUUGGUGCGAUAGAGUAAUAUAUCGAGAUUGUCGUACUGGACCUGUAUCAGAGUGCAGUUUGGACUGUCCAAUACUCGCCUCAAUACAAAUGUAUGAAGCCUGCAUGGACGUUACUGAAAGUGAUCACAAACCUGUCCGAUGUAAAUUUAGUGUUCACCUAGCACGAGUAGAUAGAUCAUUUAGGAGGAAAGAGUUUGGCGAAGUUAUGGAAGCUAGCAAAGAGAUUAAAUCUUUGCUUCGAGAAUUAUCUGUGAUACCGGACACAGAAGUUAGUACAGGUAACAUAAGUUUGCAAAACCAGGAGACUUCCUUUCUCCAGAUCACUAACAAGAGUAAAGACAAGGAGGCUGUGUUUCAUAUCAUAUGUGAAGGUCGAUGCACCAUCAAUGUAAACGGAGAACCAACAGAGCUUCAGCCCCGAGCCUCUUUUGGCUUUCCUGCUUGGCUUGAGGUUUCACCAGCAUGUGGUGUAAUUGACACUGAACAAAGCAUGAAUGUGACGUUACGUUAUACGGAGUUCCAUACAUUGGGCAAUUUAGUCGACGGGGUUUCUCAAAACUGGGGGUCUGAAGACACGAGAGACAAGGAAGCGGUACUGGCAGUUCAAGUAAAAUGCAGUACCUCAAUGGUUUUCACAACACACCACGUUCGUGUACGCCAUUGUUAUUCAACAAGGACAUUACACAUCGAAUCAAGAACAAACAACUCCUACUGUCACUCCGAGAGUCAACUUCAUGAUCACAACACUGGCGUGGUUGAUCGUGUUUUUUGACAUGGGUCUGUAAAUAGAUGGAGUUUGUAGCUGUACAUCUUCACUUGCAACUUGCAAGAGAUUUGAUCCCCUUAUAUGAGCUGUAGAAUUCAUUCAUUCAUUCAUCAUUCAUUCCUUCAGAAAUUCAUUUGGCUGCAGACUGUAGUUUUCUGUUCAUGGAAACAUUGUAAUUGUGAAGAUGUAGAUCUUUGGUGUAGUGAAAACCAAGAUGUAGGAUGUUCAUUAACCCUGAUGAUAGGAAAUUUCUUUUUUGCUCUUUGCACUUCCCGUAUCAUCGUAGAAAGACUCAUUGUCAAGGUUUUUGAGCUUAUUGCGAUCGAGAUAUUAGACGAGACAACCGUGAAACCAUCUGCAUUUUCUACGUAGUAGAUAAAUGCUU